GGCUUUGGCUCCCCUCCUCCAGGAAGCCCCCUGAUUAAGCCAACCCAGGCAGCUAAAGCAUCUUCUUUCUCCCUCCACCUCUGAGCUCUGGGCUGAGACAUUCUACUCUUUGUGGUUUGAUUCAGUCUUCCCGGUUCAUCCUCAUGUAAAUCAUCAGCUGUGGUUUUAAAACAUGGAAUCCUUUUCAUAAGAUACCUUAAGGCAUUCAGGAUGGUUCAGCGUUUGACAUACCGUCGUAGGCUGUCCUACAAUACAGCCUCUAACAAAACCAGGCUGUCCCGAACCCCUGGUAAUAGAAUUGUUUACCUUUAUACCAAGAAAGUUGGGAAAGCACCAAAAUCUGCAUGUGGCGUGUGCCCAGGCCGACUUCGAGGAGUUCGUGCUGUGAGACCUAAAGUUCUUAUGAGGUUGUCUAAAACGAAAAAACAUGUUAGCCGGGCCUAUGGUGGUUCCAUGUGUGCUAAAUGUGUCCGUGACAGGAUCAAGCGUGCUUUCCUCAUUGAGGAGCAGAAAAUCGUUGUGAAAGUGUUGAAAGCACAAGCGCAGAGUCAGAAAGCUAAAUAAAAAAAUGAAGCUUCUUUGAGUAAUAAAAAAAUCAAAAAGCCUUGUUCUGUUA